GCAAGAUGGCGCUGGGAAGGCUGUGGAGAGAGAGGGUGGUUUAAUAGUCAACGCUGCUGCCGAUGCAUUAAGAGGUGGUACAGGUGUGAGAAGAGAAGGUGGAAAUGGAACUGCCAAAUCAUGCCAAACAAAUGCUGCUGCAGCUAAAUCAGCAGCGAGCGAAAGGGUUUCUCUGUGAUGUCAUCAUAGUGGUGGAGAAUGCUCUCUUCCGAGCCCACAAGAACAUCUUGGCGGCCAGCAGCAUCUACUUCAAAUCCCUUGUGCUUCACGACAACCUGAUCAACCUGGACACAGACAUGGUCAACCCCUCUGUGUUCCGGCAGAUUCUGGAUUUCAUUUACACUGGCAAGCUGUUAUCAGCAGACCAGGCUAGUGAAAACAACUUCAAUGCCCUCCUCACUGCAGCGAGCUACCUCCAACUUCACGACCUGUCCGCUCUGUGCAGGAGAAAGUUGAAGCGCAAUGGGAAACCCUUACCCACCAAGGCUACAACCCCAAAUACAGGGAGGCCCCUCCGGAACCAGAGGCUCUCCUCCACACCAGUCAUUCAGAACCGCUAUUCCGGAUCAAAAGAAAGUGGGAAGAAACAGCAGCUUGUCGAAGAUCUCUUAAAGGACAAAUUAUCCGAUGACGAACUCUACGUUGGCGGCUCCAACCGGGAAGGCUCCCUAAAUCUAGGAGAUGGGAAAAAUGGAAGUAAUGGUAACCUGUGCAGCGAUCAGGAGCUUGGUCUUGACCUGUCCAAAAAGAGCCCUUCAGCCUCCACUACUCAGGAUGAGGUGAGCCCCAAUGAAAACCACCAGGAAUCCCCCCAGUCCGCCACAGCAUCAACCGCCAACAGUGCCUCUUUUGAAGACUCCACCACAAACCCUCGAAGCCUCGAAGCGGGGGAGCCAAUGGAAAUGGGAGUGGGCGAGGAGAACCAAUCGCUGCCGGACACAGGGCAGCGCAAGAACUCGCGCCACACAGCUCGCAAGAAAGAGUGGCCCAAGAAAGAGAAUGCGCUGGACAGCGGGAAAGGCGACGAGGAAGCAACCGUGCCCAACGGCGUCAUCGUCGGCCCCAGCGGCGGUUACAACUCGGAGCACUCCUUCAAGUGCAAAGUGGAGGACGUGGAGAACGGGAAGGAGAACAGCGAGGAGAGCGGGCACAGCGAGAGCGAGAGCGGGCAGACCAGCGCCAACUACGUGUACCGGCAAGAGGGCUUCGAGCCCGUCGCGUACGGGGACAACCUGUACGUGUGCAUUCCGUGCGGGAAGGGGUUCCCCAGCUCGGAGCAGCUGAACUCUCACGUCGAGACGCACACGGAGGAAGAACUGUACAUCAAAGAGGAAGGCGCCUACAUCAAGGAGGAAGCGGAAGACCUUUCCACCCAGAGCUCGGCGUUCGGCAGCGAGUUGAGACCGUUCAAGUGUUCGGUGUGCGAGAAGAGCUACAAGGAUCCGGCCACUCUGAGGCAGCACGAGAAGACCCACUGGCUGACCCGGCCUUUCCCCUGCAACAUCUGCGGGAAAAUGUUUACCCAGCGGGGCACCAUGACGCGCCACAUGAGGAGCCACCUGGGCCUGAAGCCCUUUGCGUGCGAGGAAUGCGGGAUGCGCUUCACCAGGCAGUACCGCCUGACCGAGCACAUGCGAGUCCACUCAGGUGAAAAACCGUAUGAAUGUCAGCUUUGUGGUGGGAAAUUCACCCAGCAGCGCAACCUGAUCAGCCACCUGCGAAUGCACACCUCCCCAACAUAAGCCAAAGACUUUGACGAAACAAAGUAACAAACCAACAGACACAAAACUGAAUAUGUAGAGAAUGUGCUUCUCUGAUAUCUGCAGUGGGGAAACUAAGAAGCUUCUGAAGGGUUCUUUCGAAGGUCCCCCGCUUUGAUAAAUAAGCACGUUCUUGUUCCAUGCCUGCCGUGAGAGCUGCUGUUUUCUGAAAUCGAGUCGAUUGGAUUGAAUGUUGGGGAUUUAAACCUGUGGUCCUGCUUCACACAAUGACUUGGGUACUGUGAUCCUUCUGAUGCUAUCCUUGGUCUGCAGUGACUUGGGUAUUGUGAUCCUUCUGAUGCUAUCCUUGGUCUGCAGUGGCUUGGGUAUUGUGAUCCUUCUGAUGCUAUUCUUGGUCUGAUUCUUAGAAAUGGGUCUUAAUUCAAGAUAAAAUCAUAUGGUUCACAAUUGCUAGGAAAAAAACUAAAUUGGUCUAAUUUGUUUACUACAAAAGGCAUAGCAGGUGGAGGUAGGGGGAAGAUGGAGGCUUGGUUGUGAUUUCAGAAAACAAAGAAAUGUCUUUCACCUUGCCCGUGCUUCAUACAGGGGGUUUGUCCUUGAACAGAAUUUCUGAUUGCGAGCUGGGGGUCUUUAGUUUCUUGUAGUUCAUAGGGGUAUUUCCUUCUAACCCUAGAGGUACUUGUUUUAUUAAGAACGUGUUGUAAUGUUUAUGUGAAUGUUUAAACUGGAUGGUCUUGG